AUGGACACCGAAAAAUCAGAACUAGCGGAACACAUCGCGCAGACUGAACACGAGAUAAAUUGGAAGGCAACAGGAAGAAGAGCUCCAUACGGGGACAACACAAGAAAGCGCAAGAUUAGGGAGGCCGUAGACAUCCUGGCGGAG